GGCCAUAUUGAAUAGUUUUUGACAGUUUUGCAUCUCAAGGAAGAUUGAAGAUUUCUAAAUGUCAACUUAUGUUCGUAAGGAAUAAAAGCUGUGCUUUCCAAUCGGCUCGGGACGCUUGUCCUGCAUUUUAAUGCUUUCGUCUUAACCAGGAGAUGGACGAAGAUGAACGACAGAGGAAACUAGAGGCUGGGAGAGCGAAGAAGUCAUCAAACAUGCCACGGAAGCAGUCGCUUGCUAGCUUCCGACAGAAGCGGGCGAAGAGCCGCGGUGCGGGGGAGGCGAAAAAGGCGGCGAAGAGGACGGGCCCGGCUGUCGCGCAGGAUGACGGUGCGGCGCAAGACUCCCACAUAGUGCCGCCGCCGAAUCACAAUGAGCUGGAUGGGAACUCCAUACAUGAGGAUGCAUUUAACCCCAAAAAUGUGGAGGUUCAACGACAGAAGGAUGAGUUUCUCAGCACGGAGGCGAGCAUUUCCCCUGUGGGUGAACUUAGGGAUGAGGAGCUGCUUGCACUAACCAGUCAAGAACAGUUGCAGCAGUUAAAGCAGGCCGUGGAGAAGCGUAAUGAAAUCAUCGCCAAGCUCAGCUCCAAACUGCAGGAGGCCCAAGCUAGUCGAGACGAGGUCCAGCUGGAAGUGCAGUCCCUCGCCGGCAAGGUCCAGGCCUUACAGAAACAGCUCCAACAGACGAGUGUGGGCUUUCAACGCCUUAAAAAUCAGCCAGGCGCAGACCUCGGUGACAUCACUAAGAAGCAGCAGCUGCACAACUCUCAGAAUGAGGACCUCAGCAUGGAAGAUACGUCAACAGAGCAGUCGGGAAGCGCUGACCUCGGCUCCCGAACCAGCGCCGAGGGAUUCAGCACUGACACCGACACCGAGACGGACGCCACUCUGUCCGAGCUGAGGGCGAAGCUACAAGAGGAGAAGGACAAAUGCCUGCGCCUGUGUUUUGAACUGGAGAGAGAGAAGGAGAAUCACCAACAUGUGCUUUCGUUAAUGGAGGUCGAAAGAAAGGACCUGCAAACCCAGCUGAGCCAAGUCCGGAGUCACUGCCUAGAGGAAAAGGAGGUCCUCGACGGAGAGUUGCUGCAGCUGAGGAAGAAGCUUCAGGAGGAGGAAGAGUCACAGAGGAGAUGGUGCGAAGCGGAAGCGGCAUUCACCCGCCGUCUCCAAAACUUGGAGGAUGAGCGACUAAGACAGCAGGAGGCUGUAACGAAGUUGAAAGAGGAGCACAGAGAAGAGCUGGAGAGAGUCAACCGGCUGUUGGAGGAGAGCACAAAAGAAGUCAUGGGAUUGAAAGCUUCCAAGAACCUCCAGAAUCAGGACAAAGCUGGUUUUAGUUUUGCUGAGAUCACCAGCGCCGACAAAAGCAGUGGUGAAUCGGGACCUGACCACGACGCCAUGAAUGUAUCGUUAUCUAGGAACCAUCUAAUGGAGCGCUACUUUGCACAAUCUUCACUCGUUCACGUCACGCCUUGCAGUCAGCUGGACAUCGCUUCAGACCAAAGCUUUGAAUUGAACAGCGACGUCUUCUGCGACCAGCCUCUGCUGUCCAUCUCCAACUGUCCCCCCAAAGAGGACUCGGACGUCCACGACAAGCCCCCUGGCCUUUGCGCUGCCGGUAGUUCAAAUGCCCUGUGGCUUAACGACUCAGUUUUUGAACCAGUGGGGACGAGCGGCGUUUCCGAGCAGCUAUUCAGAGGGACAGACCUCACCAAAGAGCUGCUGAAUCAACAGUGCGGGGAACUGCGUCAGGAGCUUUCUAUGAAGGACCAUGACUUAAAUGUGUUGCGAGAGGAAGUCUGCAAGACCACCGAAGAGCUGGAAGAGGCUAGGAGCAGGUGGGCUCAAGUUACAGAGGAGCUCAUGGAAGCCAACAGGCAGCUCGAAGAGGAGAAGGAGUGGAGGAGAUGCGCUGAGGAGGAGAUGAACUUGAAAAGCCUCAAACAAGAUGGCCUUAAGAACAAAACAGCUGCCUUACUCGAGGAAAAAGCUGCGGUAAACUCAGCUGAAACUUCCCUACUGGUCACUUCAAUAGGGGAGAAUGAGACUCCUAACCUGUCUUAUCAAAACCAACAGGAGAUGCUGGAAGUGUCUUUACCGGAGAUUAGCCAGAUUGAUGAUGAUACUUUACAUGCUGACAACUGUCUCCAAACACUGCAGGCAAAUUACAAAGAACUCAUGUCAGAGCUGGAAGAGACGAAAAGAAGGUAUCAAUCCACAUCUGUCCUGCUGGACGAGAAGACUAUGGCGAUUGGCCAAACGGCGGAGGAGCUCCAAAGCACACGUGCCCAACUACUUGGCGUCCAGGCGGAGCUAAAAAGCCUGCAGGUAGAACUGGAGAAGAAGUGUAGCAGCUUGCAAAGUGCUGAGAAGCGGAGGAGUGAACUGGAAGCUGAAAUCGUCAACCUGGAGGAGGCCCAAGCUCUGGCAAACCAGGAGAAAGAUAAAUACUGGAGCAAAGAAGAGGAGCUGAGCGGACAGAUGAUGAAGAUGGAACAGGUUCUCAGGGAGGAGCUUGAACACUUUGAGAACUUGCUGCAAGCCAAGGAUGCAGAGUUGGCUGAAGAGAGAGAGAAAUGGGAAGAUGAGAGACAAGAGAAGAACAAAGAAGUUCAAGAUGUGAGAGAGAUCCUUGAGGAGCUGAGGAAGGAGCGGGAGGAGGAAGUGAAGGCCUUGAUGGAGAGGCAGGUCUUGGCUGUGGAGGAGGCUACGGAGAGGCUCCGGUCGUGCCACCAGCAAGAGACGGCAGACCUCCUGGAUCAGCAUCAACAAGAGGUGUCAGAGUUGAACAGCCGCAUGGAAACGGAGCUGCUGGCGCAAAAAGCAGCCAUGGAGCAGGAGCAGAAACGACAGAUCAGCCUCAUUAAACAGGUAACUGAACGACAGCAUGAGCGGACGGUGUCGGAGCUGAAGGAGAAGCACGACGAGGAGCUCAGUUGGCUGAAGACGCAAGUCUCCAUGGAGGUGACGGAGAGUCUGGAGGCUGCACACCAGGUUGAAAUGGAACAGGCACGGGCCAAGCAAAGCCGUGAACUGGAAACCUUGCGCCUGAGCCUGAUGCACCUCCACUCAUCCCAGCUUGAGGUUUCCCAGGAGACCGCCCUCGCAAAAGUUCAGGCCUCCCUGCGGGAUCAGCAUCACUUGGAACUGGAGCACAUCAAAGAGGAGAAUGAGGCACAACGGCACCGACUCCGUGAGUUGCAUCAACGUGACAUGGAAGAGUUGAAGCUGAAGUUUGCGGAUGAGAAAGGUUCCAUGGAGGAGAGGCAGACGAAAGAGAUAAAUGUUCUACGGUCAGAGUGGGCAAGCGAAGCUGAAAGGACCCAGUCGAGACUCCAGCAAAGCCUUGCCAACACUCAGACAGAACUUGCCAAAACACAGGCCUCCCUUGCCCAGACCAGCCAAGCUUUAACCGAAGCCAAGGAGUCCUUGUGCCACACUCGGACGGAGCUGCAGAAGUCAAAAGGACGCCUGGAGACUUUAGAGCUCUCCAGUCAGGAGGAAAAGCAGAAACGGGAAGAGGAACUAAAGCCGUCCUGUGCUGACAAGACUGUUGCUGCCUGUUCUCUGGAGGAGUCGAUGUCUGGCCACGAUGUGCUGCUUCAGGAGAGAGAGCAGCAAGUCCGCCAACUAGUGGAGAAGCAGAGGCAGCUGCAGGAAGAGCAGGUGUCACGGCUGCAGGAGGAGAAAGAUCUGAUGAAGAAGAGCUCACAAGAAGAAUUAGGUCAGCUGGAUAGCAUGAGAGCAAGCCGUCAAGAGCUAGGAGAGCUGAAGGAGCAGCUGCUGGCUCGUUCGUCCCGCGUGGACGACAUUGAGCGCAUCAAAGCAGAAUUUACCGAACAAAAGCGUGAAAUCAAAGAGCAGAAUGAGGCUGAACUGGAAAGCUUGAGGAGGUACUUUGAGCAGCGAUUGCGAGUGUCUGAGGAAAGCUAUCGAGAGGAAAUUGCUCUGCUCCAGCUGAAACUGGUGGAAAGUGCUUUGGAGGAGUCUGUGCUUAAAACAACAGACCGCAGCUUCGUACCUCAAGAUCCCGCUGAAGAGGAAACGGAUGACAUGCAACGUGACACCAGCCUUGAAGUGGACAAACAAAAGAAAAUGCUUGACACUCAAAUGGAGGACAAACACAUCCUCGAGCUCAGUGACCUACAAUCAUCCUUUAAGGAAGAACUGCAGCAAGUUCGUUCAGAUCUCGCGGACCAUUACUACAGUGAACUGCAAGCGGUGAAGAACCGCCAUUCCCUGGAGCUAGAGCAACUCAGAGCCAAACUUUCUGACCGUCACAUACAAGAUAUCACUUGUGUCCACAUGGAGGUGGCGAGACAAGUCGAGGUGGAGGUUGAACUGCGGUUAUGGUGCUGCACCGAGGAGCUACACACCAGCUUGACCCUCAUCCACACCCUGGAGAACACGCUGGCCGACAUGAACAAAUGCAACGCGGAGCUGCGCAUGACGAUCGAAAAGCUGAAAACGGAGUUUGACCAAGAGCGUGUCAGCCUCAAGGAAGCUCUGACGCAGCAAGGUGAGGAGGAAAUGAGGAGGAUGAGAGACGAGCACGAAGCCGAGCUGUCCACCAUCAAGACUGAGAUGGAACAAGAGAAGACGCGCUUGCAGAAAGCUUUCUCAGAGGAGAAGGAAAACACCCUGAAGAGCGAGAGCCCCCAAGCUCUUAAAACUAAGCAUGAAGUAGAGCUACAACGGAAGAAGAGCAGCACGGCAAAGGAAAUGAAAGAGCUCACGGUUCUACUCCAACAGCAGGCUGAGGAGCGACUGAAACAUGCACAGGACCGAUUUGAGGAAGAAAAAGCCGUGUUAGAGCAGUGUUUAGCACAGAAGAAUGAAAUCUCUCUGGCAGAGCUGCGGAACAAACAUCGCACUGAGAUGGAGCAUGAACGAGCAGCCCUCGCGGACAAACACUCCAAAGAGAUGGACUCUCUCAACGCCAAACACAAAGAGCAACUGGACUCGCUCUGCACCAGGCACGGGGACCAGCUUGCGUCUUUGACUACCCGACUACAGUCGGAGCACAAAGGCCAGCUUGAUGCUUUGGAAGCGGCCCUCAAUUCCAAGCGCAAGGAGGACCUGGAAGCCCUCGAGGCCGUGUUUCAAGAAACCAGUCAGGCCCAGCUGGAGGCUCGAGAAGCGGAGCUGGCUCGGAAGCACCAGGAAGAGACGGAUGAAAUCGAAAAGAGGAUGCUCAGUAAUAUGGACACCUUGGAAGCCACGUACUUAAAGGAAGUACACGCACUGCGGGAUGAAAUGGUGCAACUGGAACAGAGGCACCAUCAAGACCUCACCGGUCAAAAAGCGGAGCAUCAGCACGUGAUGCAGCAUUACGCCGUGGAGCAGGAGGCUGUCAGAGAAGAGCUGCGAAAGGAGCUCGCUCAGAUGCACCUGGACAAGUUUAGGGCCUUGGCAGCUGAGCUCAGCCAAGUUCACCAGACUGAACUGUCUGCUCAAAAAGAGUCACUGGAUGCCGAACACUGCAAAGCUCUGGGUACCCUGAAGGCGCAGGUUUUAGAACUGGAGCAGCAACACAGCACUGCUCUUGAGGAGCUCACACAGGCCUUCACCACUGAGAAAGAACAACUCCAUCAACAACACCAACUCCAGCUACAGGAGCUUAAAGGAGCCUCUGCGCGGGAACUGGAGGCAUGUCGUCGGGAGCUUGAAGAGUCGUCAUCCAGGCAACGGCAGCACUUCCUGGAGGAGGUGGAGAUCCUCAAAGUCCAAUCCGGGGAGCUGUUGCAAGACAAGAUUCAUCACCUGAAGGCUGAGAAGGAGGCGGAGCUUGAGGACCAGCGCCAGGCCUUGAAGUCUGAACAGGAAGAGAAGGAGCGCAACUACACCAGCAAAAUGAGUCAGCUCACCGCACAACUGCAGCAGCUUGACGCUGUGGUUGCACAGUUGCGGGCAGAGGUUGGCUGCCUGCAGGGAGAGUUGGAGGGAAAGCGUGCUGAGAUGGAGACCCUGGACACUCUCCUUCAAAGACGGGAGCGUGAGAGUCAGGAGGGAGGCAACCUUCUCAAAAUGCUCACCGAUGACUUGCAGACCGCUAAAGAGGAGAGACAUAAACUGCACCAGGCCAACGACAAGCUGAAGAAGGUCCUGAUUGAGAUGCUUCGUAGCACAGUUGCUACUGAAGAGCUCAUCGGCAAAAAGAUUAACACUAGAAGCAACAUCUCUGAUGAAGCUACUCAUCAGAGGAGCUCAUUAGGGAAGAAUGAUGUACAAGAAUCAGGCAUUUCGGUUGCAGAUCUGUCUCUGCCUGAGGACUUGGAACUGACACACCAACUCUGCGAGAGUCUGCUGGUUUCGGACAUGCAUAUUAAUCCUGGAGGAGAGGAGGCAGCCAUGAAUGCCUGCAACCGACUGCACCAUACAGUCGAUACACUCCUGGACCUGCUAAACCAGGCCAAUGCACAGCUGGAGCAGACACAUCACGUCCACUUGUCUCUGGAGGAGAGGUUCGCUCAAGGCCAAGAGGAUUCGGCCCAAUUGCUCAAGCAGCACAAUCUCUUGUUGCUGCAGAUUGACCAGGAGGUCAGGUUGAAGAGUCAGCUGGAGCUGGAAUUCCACAAGGCUGAGGGGCUCCUGGAGGGUUACGUGGCUGACAAGGCCGGUCUGGAGGAGGCCUUGCUGCAGAAGGAGGCGCAGGAGGAGCGCCUAGUGGAGGAGCUGGAGGACCUCCGGAGGAAGGCGCACCAGACGGAGGGCCUCUGCGCUGAGCUGGAAAACCUGCGAGUCAAACACCAGGAGUUGAGCGAGGAGCACGCUGCACUCCUGCGCCAAAAGGAGCACCUCUCCGCCGGUCUCGGGGAGAGGGAAAAGGGUCUGCUGGCAGAGACUGAGCGCCUGACCCAAGACCGUCUCGACCUACAACGGCAGGCUGAGAAGGACCACAGCUUUCUGUCACAGCGCCUCCGGACUCUGGAGAGGGAGCUCGAGGAACAAGAGAUGAAGGGCCAAGAGGAGCUGCUGCACCACAAGAACCAUAUAGAAGACCUCAGCCAGCAAGUGCAAGCGCUGGAGAAACAGCUCAAGCACAAUCGACAGUUCAUCGAGGAACAAGCCGUUGAGCGCGAACACGAGAGAGAUGAGUUCCAGCAGGAGAUCCGACGGCUGGAGAGUCAGCUCAGGCAGAUGGCCGGCGGCGACGUCAAAGGGCAUAGGUUUGAGGACUUGGUUUUGCAGGUGGAGAGUCUGCAAGCCAUCAUCAAAGACAAGUUGGAGGACCACGCCUCCUUGGCGGCGGCCAACCAGCUGGCACAGAGAGAGCUUGCCGAACGCAACGAAGAGAUCGACAAGCUAGCUGUGCGAAUCCGUGAGCUGGAGCAAGCGCUGCUCAGCAGUGCCGAGUGUAACGGAGCCGUUGGCCAACUGGAACAAGAACUCCACCGGGCCAAGUUGAGGGAAGAGGAGCUCACGCAAGAUAAGCAGGCACUGGAACAGCAGCAGUUGUCCAAUAGACUUCAGAUAUCUGCGCUGCAGUCCAAACUGGAUGAGACGAGACACUGUUACCAUAACAGCACGUGGGAACCGACCCAGGAGCUCAGGGAUGCUCUGGACGCGGCACAGCAAAGCCUACAAACCAAGGAGCAAGAGGCGGAUGUUCUACUGGGUCAACUGGACAACGUGCAGAGGGACUUAAGCAUUAAGGAAGCAGAGCUGAAACACCUCACGCUCCAGCUGGAGCGACUCACCAGUGAGAACACAGCACACGUUAAUGAGCUCCAGGAGCAGAUUGAGGCCCUCAAGGAGCAUUUGUCCGCCCUAAGCAUUCUGGCAGAGGAAAAAGAGGGACAAAGAACGGUGGAAGACCAGAAAGAGGAGACCCUCCCCUCUGCUCUACUGGAGGAGAAGAACCACGAGAUUGACCACCUCACCACUGAGAUUGAACGGCUGCAAGAGGAGCUGGGGAAUACCAACAAUAAGGAUUUGGAGGCCGAACUCCACGACCUAAGCUCGCAAGUGGAACAUCUCCGGUCCGAAAUUGCCAGGUUGCGCCAGGACAGGCGGGACGAAGAGGAGCGCCUCCAUGAGGUCAUCAGCACACUGCAAGCGGAGCUCUCUACGCUCGGGCCCAAUGUGUGCGAAGUGAGCGACUCGCAGGACGGCGAUAGCAUCAAUCCCUCGCCGACUCCCAGCCCCGAGCCUCAAGGCGGGCCCAGCAGCCUGAAGCACGAACUCAGCUUGACUCACUCGACCUCUUCUCGGCCCCUACGCUCACGCCUCAAGGCUCUUCAGAGUCAGCUGGAGACGGCAGUGGCGGAGAAGGAGGCCUUGGAGCAUUUGUUGCUGACCCAGGAGGAGGAGUACAGAGGACACGGCGAAGAAUUUGGCCGAAGGCUGAAGGCGGAGCGGGAGAAAGCGGACGAGCUUCGAGGCCUGCUUGCUCUCAAGGAGGCCGAGUUGGUUGGCAUCGAGGAGGAGAGGAGUACUUUCAGACUGCAAGUGCAGCAGGUGGAUGCCCUGCAAAAAGAGAGAGACCACCUCAGCAUUCUGGUUACUCAACUUCAACAGAAGGAGCAAGACUUAGUGAGAGAAGUUGAGGGUUUAAAAACCCAAGAACAAGAAAUGAAGACUCACAGCCUGACUCUAGAAGCACAAGUCCAGAGGCUACAAGCCGAAGUGGCCGUCGCCGAGAAACAGGCCAGGGUGGACACCGCUCUCGAGACCGUCAGGGCAGAGCUGUUGGAUGAACGGGAGGCACUGAGGAAGAGGGAGGGGCAGCUCCAAGAGGAAAUUGAAAGGCUAAAACAAGAAGCCGCCGCACUGACGAUCCGCGUUGAGGAGCUCACUUCUCAGCUCCCGGAACAACAGACUAGUCAAGAGGAUGCUCAAAAGGAACUGUUGACCCAUGCUGAGGAGACUCUGGCUAAAACCGAUGCCGCCUUAAGGCUGAGGGAGACGGAGCUGGCGAGACUCGGGGCAGAGCAUCAGGCCCUGAGGGAAGAGUUGACCACUGUGAAACAAGACUUGAGCAACAGCACCCAAAGAGCAGAAAAACUAUGCGAAGAAGGACAGAGCAAAGACCGUGCCGUGGCAGACCUGGAGAACGACAACCGGCUGCUGAAAGUGGAGCUCGAACGCCUACGGGAGGACCUGAAUGCGCAGGAGGAGACGCUGGUCCACCAGGAAAGAGAGCUGCAUCAAACCAGACUGCGUGGUUGUCAAUCAGACAUGCUUGCUCACCAUGAGGGAAGCUCAUACAGGGAUGUUUCUCAGAGGGCUUUCGAGGACAUAAUGAGAGUCUACCGUGACAGCAUUUCUCUGAGCUCCCCGGAGGUGUUGCAGCACCUGGAGUGUUCCGAAGACUUCCUCCAAGAACAGUUUCCCGCAUCGAUUCUGGGCUCUCGUCUGUCUGAGCUGAGCGCGCUUGAGCUGGACCACCCUCGGGCCAACAAGUCCCCAGUGGCGGCAAUGGAGCCACCUCUUUCCAGGACCAUCACCCCGGACCUGAGCACACAGAGCAGCCACUCUCCUCGAUCUCUCUCCGUCUCGGACAACUUCUCCAUUGUGGACUCUGUCAGUGCAGCUAAAGUGUGUGAUUUGGAAGGACUUGACCAAACAGCACCCCCCUCACCGCUCGGCUCUACCUCCUCCAUAUCGGUGCAAGAAUGGGCAAGCGAUGGCUACGGCAGCAACGUGAGCUCUGAGCUGGGCGCUAGGCUGCGAGUGGAGCUGGACCAGACUGAGAGACUGGACGCUCAGUUUGUGGAGUAUCUCCGCUGCCGAGGCAUGAAUCCCACUGCUAAUACUGACAGCGCUGCAGGAAGCAUGAGCUACAGCGAUGACCUCUUGUCUCCAGAACUUCAGGCCCUGUUGAGGAAAGUGUACCAAGAAGGCUGCCGACUGCUGACCUUGUCCCAGCGUCGGGCCUCAUCCUCGUUCCAUCCGUCAUACUUGGCGGAAUUAAACUCACCCUCGCAACUGCAGGAGAAAGAGCAUCCUGCUCUACUGGGUCAGGGGGACAAGCUGUCCUCCAACCCUCCCAUGGGGUGGCAGGAGGAGAAAAGGGCCCUGCAGAAGACCGUGAUCACGCUACGUGAGCUGCUUUGCCGAAUGGCACAGAGACAUGCUCCUGCUGACCCCAGAGGUGAUGCUGACAGGGAGCAUCUACAGGCAGAAUCCCAAACAAGAUCAGAGCUGGAAGAGACGCAGAAGCAGCUGAAAUAUGCACACGAGACGCAGCUGGAGCAAAAGAACAAAAUACAGGCACUCGGGUUGACUGUAGAGGAAUGCGAGGAGACUUUGACGAAGGAACGGGCGCUGGUUCAGGAGCUGAAGCAGCAGCUGGAACGAGAACGAGCUCUCAACGUGCGGCAAGAAAAUGAGGUGGAGCAAAGACUAGAGGUUAUGCGAGCGUCUUCUGAGCAGCAGAGGGCCGAGAUGCAGUCCCUUCAGGGUCUCAUGGAGCAGGAGACGGUGGCCUGCAGCAACCUGAGACGUGAGCUCCAGAUCGAGCAGUCCCGCAGCGUCGUGCUCGAGAAGCGUUUGGACGACUUGCAGAAGAAGCUCGAAGACGAGCGCCAGCACUCGGCCGAGCAACGCGAGGAGAACACCCGUCUGGAACGCCUCUUGACCCAAUCGGAAUCCCGCCUGGCCGAAAUCCGCUCCAAGCUGGCCGACUCCCACCGGGCGCUGGACGAAGAGCUAGAACGCUGCUCCAAACAAAUGGACGACAUCAACCGCAGACAUGAAGUCGACGGCGCCCGAGACAGGAAGUUCAUCUCUGACUUGCGCUUGCAGCUGGAGGAGGAGCGAAGGCGAGGGGAGGAACUGGCGGCCUUGGCGGACAAACUGAGAGCGGAGGUCUUGGAAAGCAGGAGGAGACUGGAUGAGGACAAAACCCGGGAGGAGGCUUUGAGGGAGCAGAAAAGGAAGGUUGACUCUGCUUUGGAGGCGCACCGUGCAGAGCUCAGUGAACUGAAGGACAGGAUGCAACUGCUGAAGAACAAGGAGAGAGAAUGGGAGAGGGAACGCCAAAAGGGCUCGCAGGAGCAGAUGGAGAGGGAGAGAAGGCAGGAGAGCACCAAUAACAAACUGCGCGACUUGGAGUUGUUGAGGCAGCAAGACAGGCAGCGCAUGGAGGAACUCCAACACACUUUGAGCAAGCUCCAAAGAGAGCAGCGAGACAUGGCGGCUCAGAGGAUGUCGGGACAGAGCGCCGAUGCUGCCAAUGCCGAUGUCCAGCCCUCACAACAUCGCCAGCAGGUGGCGCCUACUCCCUCGUCCGGCUUGCUGGAGAAAAUCCUGAGCAAGAAUGCCGAGUUGACUCAUACUUUGACGUCGCUGAGCCAAGAGAAGACCGCCCUCAAACAUAAAGUCACUUGCCUGGAACGCCAGCUGCACCGUGCCGAGAAUGAGCUUGCUAAAGUACCCAUCGAGAGUGAAAACAUACCCAUCAGCGAAAUGGCCCCCAGCAAGGUGCAGCGUUUAUACGAGCGCUACCUGCGCGCCGAGAGCUUCCGGAAAGCUCUGGUGUACCAGAAACGCUACCUGCUCCUGCUGCUUGGAGGAUUCAAGGAGUGCGAGCAGGCCACCCUGUGCCUGAUCGCCACCAUGGGGGCACGACCGUCGCCACUGCCUCCGUGCCGGAGGCCCCUCGGAAGAUUUCGGUCAGCGGUACGAGUGGUCAUUGCCAUCUCGAGAAUGAAGUUCCUAACCAGGAAGUGGCACAAAGCCAUCAGACGAUUACCUGGCUGCGCAACCGUUAACGUCCACGCUCCAGGGUUGAAAGGCGAGGUUUUAAGAGAGCAGCAGCAGCAACAACAUCAGCGGGCUCGUUUGAAUUCCGAGUCGCCACCAAACAGAGACACAGCAUCUGCUCUUGUCUCGCCCAGCAAGUCACACUUCAGGUUGCACAACAGGUCCUGUUCCAGCUCAACUCAGGCUUCCGCGGCAAUGUCUCAAGAGCCAGAAAAGUCUCUGACUGAAUACAUCAACCACCUGGAGAAGGUCCAGCAUCGACUGGUCGGUUCCAAGCCAGCAGACACAAUUAGUCCCACCCAGAAUCAUGGGAUGGACUUCACAGAUGACCUGUUCCCCCGAUAUGAUUGGCUAUCGGCAGCGCUGGCUACGGGAGAACAGGACGUGGCUAUACCUGAGCUGCUUGUCACCUCUUUACCUGCACAGCCCAGUGGAUGGAUCUUUGAUGGCAGCACGGUGGAUGACUGGUUAGCAUAUGCCCCUCACAGUUCAGAUGUCAUGAGUUCCAAUCUGGGCUGCGGCCUGCCUGUGUGGGGUUUGCAUGCUCUCCCGGUGCCUGCGUGGGUUUACUCGGAGUACUACAAUUUCCUUCCACAUACCAAAAACAUGCAUGGUCCUUCUGUUCUCCAGCAUGACCCCAAGAAGUGUGACCACUGAUACCGUCAGUAUCUCCUGUGUGUGCAGCUGUCUUUGCCUUACGUCAAUGUAAUAUCCAAAAGUGUGUUUUAUACAUGUAUAUAGUGUUUAAGUUUGUGAACAAAGUAUUUUUUAAGCUUUUAUAUCUUUUUUUUAUGCAUCUCACAGGUAUGCCGGUCAAAUGACUUUUCCCCACUUAUUUUAAUAUUGUAUUUUUCUGCUUGUGUUGUGCAUCAUCAAAUGCAUGUUUUUUUUUGUUUGUUUGUUUUGAAAAGUCCUUGAGCCAUACAUGCUGGUUGUACCUUGUUCUGGCCAUUUUAUAUUAAUGUUUCUACCGUUGUAAUAAUAAAUAAUUUUAAAUGUGAUUUUUAC